AUGCCCCUCAACGUCCUCAUCGUAGGCGCUGGCGUCGCAGGCCCAGCUCUUGCAAUUUUCCUACAGGGCUCCAACCCUAGUUACAACAUCACCGUCUUGGAACGUGCUCCGUCGCUACGUACAGCCGGUCAGCAAAUUGACUUUAAGAACCAAGCCGUCGAUGUCAUGAAGAAGAUGGGCAUCUUGGAGGCAGUCAAAUCGCUCUGUGUCCACGAAAUCGGCUCAGAAAUCGUAGAUUCUAAUGGCAAAGGCGUGGCUUCAUUCGGCAUUACUCCUGCUGGUCAGCAAGGGCGGGGCUUGACCUCCGAGUACGAGAUCAUGCGCGGUGAUCUCGUAAAUUUACUAUACGAGACUAGCCUCAAGCAAAAUGAGAAAGUGAAGCAACUCGGUAAAGAAGGUGGUUUGGUUUACGAGUUCGGUAAAUCACUGGAAGACCUCGCUCAAGAUGACAAUGGAGUGGAUGUCACAUUUUCGGACGGACAGAAAAGACGAUAUGAUAUAGUCGUGGCUGCGGAUGGAUAUGGAUCACGGACCAGGCGCCUCGCUUUCGGCCAGGAAGCGAACGAUGAAGCCUUCAAAUCAACCGGAGUUCAUGCUGCUUAUUACAGCAUUCCGCGCAUUGAGGGCGAGGGAGGAGUCGCGAAGAUCUAUAAUGCUCACGGUAGGAGGCUGAUAGUGCUACGACCUUCUGACCGUCCUGUGACGCAAGUAUUGCUCUUUACCAUGGCGGAGGAAGAAAAGCUGAAGAAGUGCUAUAAAGAGUCGGUAGAAAAGCAGAAGGAAGCUUUCGCGGAGAUCUUCAAGGAUGCUGGCUGGCAGAGCGACAGACUUCUAAAAGGAUUGAAGACGUGCACCGAUCUCUAUGUGAACGAAUUGGCGCAGAUAAAGAUGAAACAAUUGCACACGGGCCGGGUGGUGCUUCUUGGAGACGCUGGAUACUGUCCGACUCCCUUCACGGGAAUGGGAACGCUAGGUUGUUUCGUUGGCGCGUACGUGUUAGCGGGGGAGUUAGCACGACAUGGCAAUAAUGUGUCCAAGGCGUUCAGCGCAUACAAUGAGACAAUUAAAACACCGGUUGAGGAGCUUCAGAAACUGCCCUCGUUACUCGGCGUGUUCCUCCCAUCCUCCCGUGUAGGAGUGUGGAUUUUACGCAAUCUGAUGUGGGCCGCGUCGAAAUUCGAGCCGCUUAUACCCCGGUCGCAGGGUGAAGAUCCAAAGAGGUGGAAGCUCCCAGAGUACCCCGAGCUGAAUCUAAAGUAA